AUGCACCAGCAUUUAUCUUCGCCACUACUUGGCCCAAGGACCAAAAGUAGAGCUGUCAAGCCCAAUAACCAGGAGAUACGCAUUGCAGAGCUGCUAAGUAUGAAGUGCCACUGGCUGUUCUUGCUCCUGGGCCUCUGCCUAGUGGCGUCUUUUGCGUCCGCACAGACCGACAAUAGCGUCGAGGACUUGGAUACCGGUGGAGACAUGGAUAGUGACACCGCUCCCGAUGCAGAUGUUGAUGGGCCGGACACCGAUAACGAAGUGGAUAAGAUCAAAGAUACCAAAAAUGAUAAGAACGCCAAGCCUAGCCCCGCCCUCAGCCCCGAUUUAGGUGCCGACUUAGGCACCGACAGCGAUUCUGACAUUGAGGCAUUGAUAGCCAUGGAAACGGAUCCACUGAAUAUCCCAACUCCCUUGCGCUGGAAGCCCAAUCGCAGGCCCAACAGGCGCAGACAAAACGGCCAAAGGCGCCGGAAUAGGCGCAAUCCAAACAGGCGCAAUUCAAACAGGCUUACCAGGCGAAAUAACAACAGGCGAAGGAAUAUGAGACGUAGCAACUUCAGACGCCGUUUCAACAAAAAUGGGCGUUCCCGACUAAG